CUCCCCUUUUCCCUCCGCCCGUCAGCAGCCGCGCCCGGCCCGGUCGGCGUCGCCCCUCGCCGGCCGUUCGCGGCGCUCCCCGGAAGCGGUAAUGCUCCGCCGGUGAUCCAGGAAGCGGAUGAGCCCGCACGCCUUCCCCUCCGGAACGGAGCGGCGCGGCGGGGAAGGGGAGCGGGGGCCGCGAGAAGGCCCGGCGGAGGCGCGGGCCGUGGCAGCCCCCCCGGCGGCGGCGGCGUUUCCAUGGCGCCGGGCGGGCGGGGGAGCCGGGGCUGAGGACCCCGCCCGCUCAUGGACCCCGCCGCGGCGGCGGCCGGCGAGGAGGAGGGCGGGGAGAAGCCGCCGGUGAUUUACACCAUGGAGAACAAGCCCAUCGUCACCUGUGCUGGAGAUCAGAAUUUAUUUACUUCCCUGUAUCCUACGCUUUCUCAGCAGCUUCCAAGAGAACCCAUGGAAUGGAGGAGGUCUUAUGGCCGUGCUCCAAAGAUGAUUCAUCUAGAAUCAAACUUUGUUCAGUUUAAAGAGGAGCUAUUACCCAAAGAGGGGAAUAAGGCUCUUCUGACUUUUCCCUUUCUUCAUAUUUACUGGACAGAAUGUUGUGACACAGAAGUGUACAAAACCACAGUCAAGGAUGACAUCACCAAGUGGCAGAACGUUCUCAAGGCUCACAACUCAGUGGACUGGCUAAUUGUGGUGGUUGAGAGUGAUGCCAAGAAAAAGAACAAAACAAAUAUCCUUCCCCGAACUUCUAUAGUAGAUAAAAUAAGAAAUGACUUCUGUAACAAGCAAAGUGACAGAUGUGUGGUACUUUCAGACCCUUUGAAAGACUCUUCCCGUUCUCAGGAAUCUUGGAAUGCCUUCCUGACCAAACUCAGGACAUUGCUUCUCAUGUCUUUUACCAAGAACUUAGGCAAGUUUGAAGAUGACAUGAGAACUUUGAGAGAAAAAAGGACUGAACCAGGAUGGAGCUUCUGCGAGUAUUUCAUGGUCCAGGAAGAACUGGCCUUCGUCUUUGAGAUGCUGCAGCAGUUUGAAGAUGCACUAGUGCAGUAUGAUGAGCUGGAUGCCUUGUUUUCUCAGUACGUUGUGAACUUUGGGGCUGGUGAUGGUGCAAACUGGCUGACAUUUUUUUGCCAGCCAGUGAGGAGCUGGAAUGGUUUAAUUCUUCGAAAACCAAUAGACAUGGAGAAGAGAGAGCUAAUUCAGAAUCAAGAAGCUACUCUACUGGACUUGCGUAGUUACUUAUUUUCUCGCCAGUGCACGUUGUUGAUCUUCCUGCAGAGGCCGUGGGAGGUUUCCCAGCGAGCGUUGGAGCUUCUUCACAACUGUGUGCAAGAACUCAAGCUAUUAGAAGUCUGUGUUCCUCCCGGAGCUUUGGAUUGUUGGGUAUUUUUGAGUUGUUUGGAGGUCUUACAAAGAAUAGAAGGCUGCUGUGAUAGGGCUCAAAUAGAUGCAAAUGUUUCCCACACGGUUGGUUUAUGGAGCUAUGCUACUGAGAAGUUAAAGUCUCUGGGUUACCUGUGUGGGCUGGUGUCAGAGAACGGACCCAAUUCAGAAGACCUUAACAGAACUGUUGAUCUGUUAGCAGGGUUGGGAGCAGAACGUCCUGAAACAGCCAAUGCAUCACAGAGCCCUUACAAGAAACUUAAAGAGGCCUUAUCAUCUGUAGAAGCUUUUGAAAAGCACUACUUAGAUCUGUCCCAUGCCACCAUUGAAAUGUACACAAAUAUUGGGAGAAUUCGCUCAGCUAAGCUUGUCGGAAAGGAUUUGGCAGAGUUUUACAUGAGGAAGAAAGGUCCACAGAAGGCAGAAGUCUAUCUUCAAGGAGCACUGAAAACUUACCUUGCUGAGGGCUGGGCAUUGCUUGUCACGCAUACAAGAAAGCAGUUAGCAGAAUGUCAGAAACACCUUGGGCAAAUAGAAAAUUAUCUUCAAAUAAGCAGUCUUUUAGCUGGUGAUAAUCACCUAACAGAAGAUGAGCGUAAAAGCUUUUGCCAAGAAAUACUAGAUUUUGCCAAUCAGCAAACAGAAAACCAAGGUCAAAAAAUUAUAUUGCCUAUGCACUCCUUUGCACAGUUGAAAACUCUACAUUUUGACCCUCCAAAUGCUGUUGUCCAUGUAGGUGGGAAGUUGUCUAUUGAGUUGACUUUGAUGAGCCAAAUGCCCAUUCCUAUCCAAGUGGACCAGAUUGCUAUUCAUGUUCACUUCAGCAUUGAAAAGAAUAAUUACAGAAAAACAGCAGAGUGGCUCACUAAGCACAAAAUCUCCAAUGGUGUUAUCAGCUUCCCAAAUGAGGUUGUAGGAUUUCCUUGGUCAAGAAACAACUUGCCUGCACUGGAGCUGUACGAAAUGUAUGAACGGAGUCCCUCAGAUAACUCUUUGAACACAGCAGGAAUUAUCUGCAAAAAUGUGCACAUGCUACUACGAAGGCAAGAGAGCAGCAGUUCUCUGGAUAAGCCCUCAGGGCUAACUCUAGAAGAUGGGGCUCACGUGUUAAAAUGUCGCAACUUGAUACUGGAACCAGGGGUCAAUAAAAUAACGUUCAGUACUCAGGCCAAGGAACCUGGUACGUACACCCUCAGGCAACUGUGCACUUCAGUGGGAAAAAUACAGUUUGUCCUUCUUCAUAUUUAUCCAAUAGUGCAGUAUGAUGUCUAUUCUCAGGAGCCCCAGCUAAAAGUGGAACCGACGACUGAUAGCCUUUUGGCUGGCAUUCCACAGAAGGUGAAAUUCACAGUGACUACAGGUCAUUACAGCAUGAAGAGUGGAGAUACUUUGCAGCUCAGUAAUGCUGAUGCCAUGCCUAUUCUGUACAAUCCAGAGAGCAAGGCAGUGAUCUAUUCCAAUACCAGAGAAAAGAUCUCAGAAUCAUCACUAAGAAUUCAGUCUUCUGAAAAGAUUACAAGCAUCAAUUUGCCAGUGGCUCCUGCAUAUCAUGUGAUUGAAUUUGAACUAGAAGUCAUGUAUUUACCAUCAGCCACAGAAUCUGCAGAGGAGGGAGAAAAUACUACAAAUAAAGAAGUUCAGAGAAAAAACAAAGAAAAACAAAAACUGGACAACUGUAUGGCUACUGUUGAUCAAAAAGUAACCAUUGAUUGUCCUUGGUCGAUUUAUUCCACUAUUAUUGCAUUAACAUUCUGCAUACCUUUUAAUGCCAAGCAUUCCUUAUUGUCAGCUGGCAAACGGAAGUAUGUGCAAGUCUGCAUACAGAAUUUGUCAGAACUCUGCUUUCAGCUUUCAGACAAUAACCUAAAAAAUACUGCUGACUGUACAGAUUUGCAGCUGGUACCUCUGAACUCUGAAUCUCAUCAGGUCAUAUAUAGUAAGCAAUCAAUAUUCUUUGUGUGGGAAUUGAAGUGGACAAAAGAGCUUCCUCUCUCCUUGCAGUGCCUGUUUUCAGUCAGCUUUUGUCCAGCUACCUCUGAAAAACAGUCUCAUACCUUGAAGCCGUUCACUUAUGAGUUCCAAGUGGAAAAUUUUUUUACAUUGUACCAUGUGAAAACUGAAAUUUUUCCACCACUGGGGACAGAGUACUGUAAAACAGGCUCACUAUGCUCCUUAGAGGUGUCCAUCACUCGUCUUGUUGACCUCUCAGAGGUUGACAGGGAUGAAGCAUUAACAGAAUCAGAUGGGUAUUGCACAACAAAACUUAUGUAUGAAGUUGUUGACAACAGCAGUAACUGGGCAGUCUGCGGAAAAAGUUCUGGAGUGAUAUCUAUGCCUGUAGCAGCUCAAGCAACUCACAAAGUCCACAUGGAAGUGAUGCCACUGUUUGCUGGAUAUCUACCUUUUCCUGAUGUCAGAUUAUUUAAAUACCUCCCUCAUCAUUCUGCUCACUCCAUGCAACUUGAUGCUGAUAGCUGGAUUGAAAAUGAUAACCUGUCUGUGGACAAGAAUGUGGAUGAUCAAGCUGACAGCAGCAGCAUAAGGAGCAGAGGUAGCUUGCAUUCUGCAGCUAGUGGGGAACACAAAGGUUUGCCAAUGCCCCGUCUGCAAUCCUUUUCAUCUGGUCAGGUCUUCAACUGCAGCACGGGUAUGCAAAUACUUGUCAUUCCCAGCAAGGACGACCAUGUUCUCGAAGUCAAUAUCACGUGACAACUCGGUAUAAGAACAAGGAACACACAAACAAACAAAAACAUUAGAAACUGGAUAUGAAAGCACUUUAAAGGAUUAUGACCUGAUUAGUCUUUGUUGCAACAUUUUAACGCUAAAGAAACCUAUGGCACUCAACAUUUACUGGCCAUGGAAGCACCAGACAAUUGUAUCAAUUUAAAUGUACAGUGAAGCUUGUGUCAGCUAGUUUAUAUUGCCACUUUAAUAUGUUUUGUGUGAGCUAUUGGGUUUUCUCCCUUCAGUCACAUCCUGCAUCUCAACACAGGGCAACAAAAACAAAAUAAAUCCAAAUAUUUGGACCACUUUUUUAUUUUUGUCUGGCAGCUGAUAGCUUAGUUUAAUGCUUCCUACAUAUUUUAGAGUUGAGGUUUGGGUGACAAAAUUAUCCAAAUCUUGGAAUUUUAUGUAAUUUACAGGCUUUUCCACAUGUGCCACAAGUACAGUAAAGCAUACAACAACUUGUUCAUCAACUUAAUAGUUGCUUUCCUGAUUUUUUUUUUUUCCUCUUUUUUUUCUUUUACAUUGUUAAUUCCUGUCAUUGCAAUCUUAUAUUAAACUUCCAUCAUUUGCAUACUUAAAUGCAUGGAAGCACUACUGCUAUAAACAAUCUUAACUGAACAAAAUUCCUUAAUUUUUUUGAGGCUUUCUCCUUCACAGAGUAUACACUGUGAUGUCACAUAUUAUAUGGUUUUAUUUUUUUGGGGGUGGGAU